ACAAAAAUGUGGAAGAACAUGAAAAGAAUUCUUUUGACAUUGGCUGUGAUUGAGAUCUUCUCCAUUAUACACCUUGUUCAACCACAGAAUCAAGACGGAUUCAUCAGUUUGGAUUGUGGCAUGCCCAUUGAUGAAUCUCCUUAUACCGAUCCGGAUAGUGGAUUAGUAUUCACAUCGGAUUCGGUCGUUAUCCAGACGGGAGAGAGUGGCAGAGUCGAAAAAGCUUUCGACAACAUACACAUAAAACCAUAUCUGGUUAUGAGAUACUUUCCAGAAGGACUACGAAACUGUUACACCCUGAAUGUCACGCGCAACACAACUUAUCACAUUGGAGCCAUGUUCUUAUAUGGAAAUUACGAUGGUCUUAAUACUUACCCAAACUUUGAUCUCUAUCUUGGUCCUAAUAAGUGGGAGACAAUAGAUUUGGAAAGAUAUAAAAACGGUACAUGGGUUGGUAUGAUCCACACUCCACGAUCAAGCUCUUUGGAAAUGUGUCUUGUCAAGACUGGAACAACAUUUCCAUUGAUAUCAACCAUUGAAAUACGCCCUUUUGGAAACAAUACAUAUGGCCCUCGUCCUGGUUCGCUGAGCACUUUACGGUACUUUUUCAACGAUACAUCUAGCAAUAUCAGGUAUCCUCAUGAUAUCCAUGAUCGAAUUUGGUCUCCUUACUAUCAUGAAUAUUUAGAAUGGCGUAUAAUAAACACAACCUUCAGUAUAAGCAGUCCCGGAAUCUAUGAAACACCAAAACUUGCGCUGGCGACAGCGGCAACCCCUUUGAAUGACAGUUUGCCAUUAGAAAUCUACUGGUCAACGAAACCCCCUACCGCUGCAGUUUAUGUGUACCUCCACUUUGCCGAGAUACAAGCCUUGCGAGCCAACGAAACCAGGGAAUUUGACAUUUACUUCAACGAAAACUCUAAUUAUUCAGCUUUUAGUCCGCCUAAGUUAGAGCAACGUACUAUAACCUUUUCAACAGUACAGUGCCCUGAAGGGUUCUGCUCAUUGCGACUAGUAAGAACGAAGAAGUCAACUCUUCCACCUCUGAUCAACGCUAUUGAGGCUUUCAGUAUCAUUGAGUUUCCAUUUGCGGAAACUAACCCAAGUGAUGUUUCGGCAAUCAAAAAUAUCAAAGAUACGUAUAGGCUAUCUAAAAUCAGUUGGCAAGGCGAUCCAUGUGUUCCUCAAGACGUUUUCUGGGAACAUCUAAAAUGCAACUACACAGAAAUUUCCAGUCCACCAAGAAUAACGUCCUUGAACUUAUCAUCACAAGGAUUGACAGGGAUCAUAGUACCAAGUAUACAAAAUCUGACACAACUUCAAGAACUGGACUUAUCCAAUAAUACCUUGACCGGAGAAGUCCCUAAAUAUCUUGCCAAGAUGAAGUCGUUGUUGGUCAUAAACUUAAGUAAGAACAAAUUAAGUGGUUCAAUUCCUCAAGCCCUCCUUGAUAGACAAAACGAUGGACUUUUGUUAAUCUAUCAAGAAAAUCCAGAGCUUUGCAGAGUUAACUCAUGCAUUGUAAAGGAAAAAAAGAAAUUCUUAGUACCAGUUGUCGCGUCGGUAGCUUCUGUGGUUGUUAUCAUAGUUAUCUCGCUUCUCAUUUUCGUGAUCCGGAAGAAAAUGGUGUCUGCAGAUAAGCAACCCACAAAAAGUGGGACGGUAGAAGAUAGUGGAGAUUCUUAUGAAUCUGAACCUUCAUUUCUGACAAAAAAUAGAAGGUUUACUCAUGAUGAGGUUACAACGAUGACAAAUAACUUUCAAAGGGUUCUAGGUGAAGGAGGAUUUGGAGUCGUUUAUCAUGGUCUUAUAAAUGGUGCUGAACAAAUAGCUGUUAAAGUGCUCUCCCAAUCAUCAGCUCAAGGGUACAAGCAAUUUAAGGCAGAGGUGGAACUUCUUUUGAGAGUUCACCAUAUAAAUUUGGUGAACCUUGUUGGAUAUUGUGAUGAAGGAGAGCACUUAGGUCUCAUCUACGAGUACAUGCCCAACGGAGACCUAAAACAACAUUUGUCAGGGAAAUGGAGUGGCUCUGUCUUGAGCUGGAAAACUAGACUAAUAAUAACUGUGGAUGCCGCACAAGGGUUGGAGUAUUUACACACAGGAUGCAAACCCGCAAUGGUUCACAGAGACGUCAAAAGUUCAAACAUUCUAUUGGACGAACAUUUUCAAGCUAAGCUAGCUGAUUUCGGACUUUCAAGAUCUUUUCCCACUGCGAAUGAAACAUAUGUGUCCACCGUUGUCGCCGGCACUCCGGGAUAUCUUGAUCCCGAGUACUAUCAAACCAAUUGGCUGAGUGAAAAGAGUGAUGUCUAUAGUUUUGGAAUUGUACUACUUGAGAUCAUAACAAACCGACCUAUAAUCCAACAUGCGCGUGAAAAAACUCACAUAGUAGAAUGGGUUGGGCUAAUGCUUCAAAAAGGAGAUAUUAGAAGUAUUAUAGAUCCAAACCUUCAGCAAGAUUAUGAUAGCGGUUCAGUCUGGAAGGCUCUUGAAUUAGCCAUGUCUUGUGUUAAUCCUUCUUCAGCAAGAAGACCAAACAUGUCUCGAGUGGUAAAUGACCUAAAAGAUUGUCUUGCAUAUGAUACUUCAAGAAGAGGAGGGAGCGUAGAUAUGGAUUCAAAGGGUUCUGUUGACGUGAGCAUGAACUUUGGCACCGAGGGGAUCCCAAAGGCACGCUAGUUCUCCAAAUGACAAUAUAGUCAUUGUGGCCUUUUCGUCAAUCUAAAAUUUUUCAUCAUUAAAAACA